CGCUCCUCACUCACCUUGCUGAGACUCCACCAGCCUGCUCCACCUCCACCUCCAGACCUCUUAUUCCCAGACAGCCACACCACGAGCACCGCUGCCACCAUGUCCUUCCUCUCCAGAACCUACAGCCCCAGAACCAUGAGCGUCUACGGGGGCGCCGGCGGCCAGGGCACCCGCAUCUCCACCGCCAGCGUCGGCCCGCGGCUCUACGGCUCGGCGAAGUCCGGCGGCGGCUUCAACCUGUCCGACGGCCUGCCGAGCUCCACGAGCGGCCUGGACCUGCACGUGGGCGCCAACGAGAAGGCCACCAUGCAGAACCUCAACGACCGGCUGGCGUCCUACCUGGAGCGCGUGCGCACGCUGGAGAAGGAGAACGCCGAGCUGGAGCGCAAGAUCCGCCUGUGGCACGAGCAGCGCACCGUCGUCUGCCACGACCACUCGGCCCACCUGGUCAGGGUCGACGACCUGCGCGACCAGAUCCGUGCUGCCUACAAGAGCAAUUCUCUGCUCCUACUGUCCAUUGACAACUCUAAGCUGGCUGCAGAGGACUUCAGAGUAAAGUAUGAGAAUGAGUUGGCCAUGCGUCAGUCUGUGGACGCUGACAUCGCCGGCCUGAAGAAGGUUCUGGAUGAGCUGAGUCUCACGCGCUCAGACCUGGAGAUGCAGUACGAGGGCCUGAGAGAGGAACUGGUCUUCUUGAGGAAGAACCAUGAGGAGGAGCUGGCGGUCGUACGGAGCCAGGUGGGCGGGCAGAUCAAUGUGGAGGUGGACGCGGCGCCGUCCACGGACCUCAACCAGACCAUGCAGGAGAUCAGGGAGCACUACGAGGCCGUCACCGCCAAGAACCAGCGCGAGCUGGAGGCCUGGUACCAGAGCAAGGUGGUCACAGUGGAGCAGCAGGUGCUGGUUCAGAACGAGGGCCUGACGCUGUGCCUCACCGAGCUCAAGGAGCUCAAGAGCACCUUCCAGAGGCUGCAGAUUGAACUGCAGUCCCACCACAGCAUGAAAAGCUCGCUGGAGUGCACGCUGGCCGAGACCCAGCAGCGCUACGCGGCGCAGCUCGCCGGCCUGCAGGCCACGGUGAGCGGACUGGAGGCGCAGCUCAGCCAGCUCCACGCCAACAUCGCCCACACCCGGCAGGAGUACGACCAGCUGCUGGACCUCAAGACCCGGCUGGAGCGGGAGAUCGCCGAGUACAGGAGACUGCUGGACGGAGAGGAGAGGUGAGACCCCAGCGCCAUGUGGGGGCUACUGACCAGUGACAUCUUCAUCAGCACAUCACUCUAGCUCCUGUGCAGUUUCACAGAUUAGGUUGCAUUAUGGGAAAUAGAUAUUAUACAUACAUACUGUACAUACAUACAUAUAUAUAGAUAGAUAGAUACAGUAGAUAGAUAGAUAUGUUAUUGUUAUGCUAUGGUUAUGGUUAUGCUAUUUGUCAGAUGCCUUUGUCCAUGUACAGUAUAUAUGUACAGUGUGUAUACUGUAUCCAUGAUGUCCAGGAUAUGAGUAAUUGUUUCUAAUACACUUUUCUGUUGUCUUUUUGUCAUUCACAGUGAAACUCAAAUUGUGACCAAGACUAUUACUGUGGUGGAGACCAUUGUGGAUGGACGAGUUGUGGAGUCCAGCAAGACUGUUGACAUCGACGUGCAGUCCGAUGACGAUGACGACUAGAUAGCAGCAGGAAGACCGAAUAAAGUCACUCUGCUUCAGUGUCUAAAAAGAGUUUAUCUCUGUCUCUUCACAUGUAACACGUUCAGGCUCAAAGAGCUUCUGUUGUCUCUGACUGAGUUAAAGCUACGCAUGCUUCUGUAUGGUGAUUUGCAAAUUAAAAAGAUCCAGAAUGACAUUUUGGACUUGGAUUCAACUAAAA